GCUCUAUUAUCAGGCACAUUGCGGACGUUUCAAGUGCACGCCUGCGAUGGCGAGGAACUCCGGCUGGAAUGCCUGCCCAACACAGUCAUCAGCAUCUAUUUGGCUCAAUACGGACGUACGGUGCCCUCCCAUCAGCUCUGCCCCACACCCCCACCCCCAUCAUCAUCACUGCCAUCGACCAACUCUACCAUCACUUCUAAUACUACUUCAGAUUGUCUGACAUCCGAUACGUUGAGAUACUCGCUAUUACAGAAAGUCGAGUCUUCGUGUCGCGAGCAGCGGGUCUGCAAAUUCAUGACAAGUCCGCAAUCGUUUGGUGGUAUCGAUCCCUGUCCUGGUGUGCGGAAGUACGCGGAGAUCGCCUUCAAAUGCAGGCCUAACACAUUUUACAACAAAGUCGUCUGCGAGGGCGAGCGCCUACGGCUCAAGUGCCACAAAACGUCGCGGAUUGUCAUCUAUUCGGCUGCCUUUGGGUCGACACAAGCGGGUGUCCCGGAGUGUCCCCAACCGGACGCCAGUCAACAGCCUAUGUCUCAGUCGAUGGCAGCUUCGGAGGAAUGUCGGGUCAGUUACGCCACGGAAACCGUAAUGAGUUCAUGUCAUGGCCGCAAGAAGUGCUCCCUAGAGGCAGAUAUUGGUACGUUUGGGGCGCCGGGAUGUUCAAAGGGGACCCGUUUGCACCUGAAGGUGGUCUACACCUGCGUACCCAAGGAUGUGCUCAAAGAGUUGGAGAUCGGAGUGACGGACACCGAGAAGAGUAAUAGUGAUAAUAGUCUGUCCAAUGAGGACGGCGUGGAUACCAGUGAUUACACCGGGUUUGUGGAGGAGCCCCGGUAUGUGCCGGAACAGGAGCAGCCCUCCACGUCCCCAGUGUCUGGUCAUAAGGUGACGGGAAAGGUAGAUAAGGAGGAUCUGGAGAUCAAGUAUAUAAGCCCUGGCGAUAGGAGUGAUGUUGUGGUGAAGAAUAGCGACUAUAAUAUCGCUAAUAAUAACAGCGCCGACAGCGAUGUCAACUGUACGCUGAUAGCGCCGCCGGAAAAAGUGAUCGGGUUCAUUUCCGAUUGGAUAUCAGCGGUUAAUUUCAUUAAAAGAAACACUGAGCGCCUGGUCCUCUACCUACUGGUGUCGUUGUGCGGGUCGUUAGUCUGCUUCCUAAUCGUGUUGUCGUCGCGUCUGUUCCUACAGAAGAGGAAAGCCAUCCGCAAAGCCAAAGACGAUAUGCCGGCCUGUCAUCCAUUUGGGGGCCUCACAGACGAGCACGUGGACGACAUCCUGGACCAGUUGGAUGGGGUGACGACCCUCACGGAGCCGCUCAACCACAGCCACCACCACAACCACCUACACCAUCACCACCCGAUUCAAGUGGUCAGAUAUGGCAACAAUGGCGGCACCGGCGGUGCCGCCAAUGGGGUCAACACCGCCAGUAGGACCUCAUCGAUGAGGCGACAAAAUAGUGAUACAAACCCGCGAUCGUUGACUAGAAGUCUGAAUAACUAUUACUACAACUGAUUGGCAAAUGUUUGGCGACUUUUACAAAGUUUUUUAAUAAAAACACAAAAGUUUUGAUCAAAUUUUGUACUUUUGAUGACAAAUAUUGUAUGAAUACUUGAUAUGAUGUGUCACUUGAGAAGUGAUGUCUGUAUAGGAAAAGUGGAGUACAAAAGAGUACAUUUGAAUAUGACAUUUGGUAAUUGAUCAUGAUCAUUUUUGUUGUUGUCUAGAUUUAAAUGGAU